AUGGUUCGGGCUGAUGCAUCUGUAUGCAUCAAGGUGCUCUUAAAUGCCACUACCGCACACUUUGGGUUUAGGCCGACGUACAGCAGGGUAUGGCUUGCGAAGCAGAAAGCCGUUGCCCACAUCUAUGGUGAUUGGGAUGAGUCGUAUAACGAGCUCCCAAGGUGGGUGUUAGGAGUUCAGUUGACGAUGCCUGGUAUGGUUGCAGUCCUUAGGACGAGCCCAGUUCAAGUUGGAGGACAGGUGGACGAGUCUCAAGCUUAUUUUCACCGACUAUUUUGGAUGUUUCCACCAUGUAUCGAGGCAUUCCGUCAUUGCAAGCCGUUGGUCAGUAUUGAUGGGACCCAUCUAUAUAGCAAGUAUGGCAGAACGUUGCUCAUCGCGAUAGCACAGGACGGUAACUCCAACAUUCUGCCUGUUGCAUUCGCCCUAGUUGAGGGUGAGAAUGUCGAGUCAUGGUCCUUCUUCCUGUCUCACCUGCGUCAGCACGUGACCCCGCAGUCAGGACUGGUGGUUAUAUUAGACAGGCAUAACGGCAUCAAGGCCGCCCUUGAGGCUCCGAACGGAGGCUGGCUACCUCCAGCUGCUUACUGCGCAUUCUGCAUUCGACAUGUGGCAGUAAAUUUCGCCCUGACCUUCAAGGGCAAGGACGCAAGGAGGCUUCUUGUGAAUGUAGCAUAUGCUAAGAUCGAGGUGGAGUUCGACUACUAG